GGAGGUUGUUUUUACACUUAAGAGUCACAUCAGCGUGGGUGUGUGUAUACUAGCAGAGGUCUAGAUAUCACAGAGCUGUUGCAAUGAAAUAAGAACUUUUUUUUUUUUUUUUUUUUGCUGGUGUGUAAAAGCACGUUAUUGAAGUAGCAAGUCGCGCCUUGUAAGCAGUAGAAAGUUUAUUUUUCCUAUACUUUUCUGUUAAUUGUUAUCAAAGAUGCUUUCUGGGUCUGUCUGUGCCUUGUGGAUUGUACUGCUGUCACAACUGGAAAUUGCUUAUUCUAGUUACUCAGAAGACCAAUGCAGCUGGAUGGGGAGUGGGCUGUCCCAGCAGCCAGGCAGCGUGGAGCAGAUCUCCCUCCAUUGUGCAGAGGGUUCCCUAGACUGGCUGUACCCCAAGGGGGCGCUGCGGCUCAGCCUGUCCCCCAGACUCCCCUCGGGAGCGGUGGGGCCGGGGGGUGCGGGGCGGAGCUCUGGACUCAUUACUGCCUGCAUCAAGCCAGAGGAGACGUUCCGGGGGGCGCAGAUCUACCUGGAACGGGACGGGAUUCUGGAACUGCUGGUGGGAGAUCGGCAUGACUCCCCUCGGCCCCCUCGAGUGCGCUGCUUCAGCCGGCAGCCUGGAGAGAAGGUGGCUCUGUUUCUGCAGGCCACUCCGCAGCAGGACAUCAGCCGCAGGAUCGCAGCCUUCCGAUACGAACUGCGCGGGGACUGGAACGCACGGUUGUCUCUCGACACCAAUACCGUCCACCACGAAGGAGCCUGCAGACCCUGCAAUGACACAGAGAUACUGAUGGCUGUGUGCACCAGUGACUUCGUGGUUCGAGGGAACAUUCGCUCAGUAUUGAAUGACGAGGACCUGCGAGUGUCUGUGAUCAAAGUGAGCGCGUCGCGGGUUUAUCGACAGAAGUACUCCCUUUUCCCCACUGGGGGGCGCUUGACAAAGGCCGGGGAGAUUCGGACCCUGCUGCAAUGCGGUGUCAAGCCUGGAGCCGGCAGUUUCCUCUUCACCGGGAGAGUGCACUUCGGGGAGGCCUGGCUAGGUUGCGCACCCAGGUACAAGGACUUCCGCCGGGCCUACGAGGAGGCCCAGAACACACACGAGAUCCCCUGUGAACUGGCCUCUGACUGAGAGACACAAACAGCUUCCUGCCAGGGGAGAAAAUACAGCCCUUUGGAAAGCCUUUGAAAUCUACCUCCAUACCAAGUUUUGUUUUUGAUAGUUCCAGUGGUUUUAAAAGGACUACCAACAUGUGGAGCAGCAUUCCAGAUACACUGUAGGAGGAAUCGGAAAUGGAUGACAUAUAGGAUAAUGAUUCACAAAGAGUGAAAGGGCCCAGUGUGGGUUGAUAAACUACAUGCCUGUUAGAUAGCUGCAUAACCUGCUGCUUUUGUGAAGGAACGCAGGAGUUCUGUUGAGACUGGAAAUAUAUGAAAUAGUGUUGCAUGCUAUACUGUAUAUGUGGCCCAGUCAUAGACUGAAAGAUUUUGUUGGGCUGUUCAGUACAAUGGCCCCACCCCC